AUGUAUCUAAUCAUUUAUUGCAUUGUCCAUAUUUCGAUUGCGGUUUAAACUUUAAGAUAAGUGCAGGAUUAAAAUGCCUUGUGUUUGGAUGGUACAAGAGCUGUAUGAUCUUUGUCUAUUUUAGAGUUACUAUUAUGAAUAAGGAUAUGGAGAUGGAGCAGAUAAAUAUUUGAUCUUUUAUGAGGGAGGUGGAUGGAUUCAAGGAUUCGAUCAAGCUGAAUUGUUACAACAGGCAUACGAUCGUUCUAAUACGAAUAUGGGAAGUUCAAAGUUUUAGGCAGCAACUACUUAGAUGGAUGGAUUAUUCAAUAGAAAUCAGAAUGUGAAUCCUUACUUUUACAAUUGGAAUACAAUAUUUGUUAAUUAUUGCGAUGGAACAGGACACUAAGGUUAUCGGGCUUAACCUUUGUAAAUAAAAGACAAGACGAUAUGGUUAAGAGGAGAACUAAUAUUUAAAUCUAUAUUUUCAGAGCAUUUGACUAAGUUGAGUUAGGCAAAAAAGGUUGUGGUAUCAGGCUGUUCUGCAGGAGGAUUAGCUGUAUUUAGUUGGAUACAAUACAUUAGAGAUCGGUUACCUAGCAGUGUCUAAGUUUUGGCAGCCCCAGAUUCAGGUAUCUUUUUGGAUUUGCAACCAUAUGAUGGUGCUUAAGCUGCUAGUGAUAGAAGAUAGAAACAAUAUCAUAAACUGGCAAAUGAGGAAGUGGAUCCAAUAAAUGAAUAUUGUGUGAAAAGCUAUCCGAAUGAGAAGUGGAAAUGUCAUUUUGCUUAGUAUCUCCUGUAAUACAUCAAUGUGCCUGUGUUCUUUAUGCAAUCUUUGUAUGAUACAGCAUGCAUUCCAAAUAUAUUGCAUAUAUAUAAUGCUUGGGAUUAUACAUUGACAAGAUGUGAUAACAAAGAGAGAACUUGUAUAGAAGCUAUGCGUAGAUAGAUUACAAAUCUCAUUAAUGAUAGAAAAUUAGCAGAUCCAAAAACUGGAGCAUUCGGUGUUGCUUGUCUUGAACAUUGGUAUCAAAAAUAUAGUAUUAUUGUAGCUUCACUUAAAAAUCGAUAUUCUACACUCCAAACUGGGCCAUUCCUAACGGAUCCUCCUGGACUAUUGCUAAUUCUCUUGGGUAAUGGGUCUAAAACUUAGAAGUGAAUAAUAUACAUAUUGAUAAUGUAUAUUGGCCAGACAAUAGUGGAUGUUCGAAUAUUUGAAUAUU